CUCCACUGUGUUUAUCUUAUCUCUAGAAAAACGGAAAGCCACGCACGGCUCGUGAACCGUGCAAGUUUAUAGUAAGGCCAUAUUCCUGCCUCGCUUCGGCUUUUAUGUUUUCAGAUCUAUUCAAUUCAAAGCAUUUAUUAAAGAGUAUCAAUGGAGUGGUUAAACGAAACGCAAUGAAACAUGAAAGAGAUAGCGGUUUCAGGGUUUCUGAUGUGUUUGUGAAAUACCUCUCAUUGUUUGACAAGAACACAUCAAACCUUAACACGGAAUUAAAAUAGCUAGGCAGACGGAAGGUUUUCCAUUUCGAUGUCUGACAGAAACGACACGAAUAAUAAGUGUUGUUUUGACAUAAUUCAAGCUUCGAUGAAUUUCUUUCACAAUACUGGCAGGUGACUGGCGAAGGAAAAUAUCAAAUUCGCCAUGACUCGAACGCUGCUCACUGCUGAAAUAGAAUUUUCACAACUUUUGAUUAACUGGGCUUUUUUUUCACCAGGUAACUUGGGGAUACUUGAUUGUCUUUCAAACUGUCCGCGCCGUCAUGUCUCCUAGUUUAAAUUAAUAAAGACAAGAAAAUAGAACAAGAAAAAUGCGAAAAAUUAAAAUCUAUCACGAACCACUAAUAUUCGUUAACAAGAAGCUUUCAUAAAUACACAGAUCCCAAAGAUUCGUAAACAUUUGCAAAUAGCUUUAUUUGGCCGCUUGCGCCAGACAAAAUAACUUAAAACAAGAUGAAUUUGGUUUUCACCGAAUUAAACGAUUUCUUUGAAAAACAUCCGACUCGUUGUCCUCUGGACAUGAAUAAUUAAAAACACGGCGACAGCUGUGGGUUUGUUUUCUUUCAUUUCCCGUCAUUGUUUCGAUUCAAAUUCGAUGAACUUGCUCUUCAUCGUAAACAUUUCGGGUGGUUUAUUUCAGUUAGGAGCUUGCAUGCGCCGCGAAACAAACGCGUGUCUCUUUGGCGCUAAAAAUAAUGCACGAGGCGUCAAUAACAUUUAUAUCCCGCCCAACUGAUUAUCGCGGCCUAAAAGGCUUGAGCGCCGAAACAAAGCUGUAACAAGACGUCAAAAACAUGUCUAGACAAUACAAUAACGUUGUCUAGACAGUGGCGGGGGCCUUGGCACACAACAUUUUACACGGACGACUCUGUUUGUCUUUGUCAGUGGCACGCAAUUGGUUCAUUCAGCCAUGCAGUAAUUGCGUUGGCAGAAGAGACAAGCUUCACAAAAGACAACCAAGUGUUUUUGAAGGCUACCUGUUUUGGCGCUAUUAUCAGGCGAAGUAUUGAAUAAUUCACGCCAGUAGACUUUUAUUUCAUCUGAUAUACGGUACCCGAGCGAGAUUAACGAAUUCGCGUUCGUCGCGGCUUCUCAUAAUUUGAUUCUCUGAGACCCCGUUUUGUACGCCAGGUGCGGUGUGACGUUGUGUCUUUGGCCUGCGAGUGGCACGUACGCUUUUCAAAGCGGGUGAGUCAUAUUUUUAACCCAAGAUUUCACGAGCCUCGUCAGGGGUUUUUUCAGUAAUUUUACCCCCUGAAUAGCAUUAUCACAUGUCCAGAUGACAAAUCAACUGCGAACAAUAACGGUCCAAACAGGCCUUUCACCGAGCAUGUGCAGUGAGUGAACAGACUCGUCUCGUCUGCUAUAGGGAAAGCCGUUCAGACGUUUCACGCGACACGCUUUUGUAACUUAUUUGGGUGAAAUUAAGCAACGCGAAUGGAGCGUGGCAAAUUCUCUCGUUCGGACAACCCGCUUAUAGACGAAAUCCUACAGAAGUACCGCGACUGUUCGACAGACUCCAUCACUGGACCGAAGGGCUUCACCGCAAAGAAAUCGUGGAAUUCGACAUCAGACGACGGUGCUAAACAUAGCUCGCAUGUUUCGUCUAGUGAACAUUCUAGGACCAUGAGCAUGAAGACUGUCACAGUAAGAAUGCCACCGCCAAAGGGCCAAGACGGUUUCAACUUCAAAGAAACUAUCAUCGAUGGCGUGCCGUUAGCUUGCUUCAGCUCUGGCGGUGAAAAGAGAGUGUGCUACACGGAGCUGGUGAAUAAAGUUCUGAAGGAUUUUGACGGCAAAGACAUUGAUGCUAAUCGGGAUCGCCUUCAGAUCUACUGUCCGCGCUGCUCGCCACAUCAGCUGGAAUUAUUUAAACUGGCCGGGGUUUUGUCCUGGUCGUCGACUUCGGCGAGUUUUAUUUCCAAGACUGACUCGUUUCGCCUGAUCGGUAUUUUAACCGCGAGCGAGGUCCCGCGGCGGACGAGUCGUAGUUUCCCGAAGGACAGUUUAGAAGUGUACCAUGAGUGUUUUGGCGGCUGCGCGGGCACUCUGGAAAUUGACAAGUACACCGAUCCGUACGCCAAGUGUAUUACGUGUUCCCAAUGCGAUGGAGUGUUCUCUCCGCGAAGGUUUGUUGUCCAUAAUCAUUCCUCAGGAGAGAUACACACUUGUCACUGGGGCUUCGACGACGCGAAAUGGCGCCUUUAUUUGAUGCUGUGCAAUGAGCAACCCACGCUGCACGUACAGAAACUCUGGGAGAUGCUUAUGAAUAAAUUUUCGGACGGACAGCGCUACAAGCGCGCGUCGCCAUCGAGCGAACAAGACUCAGAUGGGAGCGAGCGCGACGGUGGUGCGAGCCCUCCGAAGAGGCCGCGCGUGGACAGACCCAGAGACUCGCGCGAAGUGGCAAAUAGUGACAGCAGCGACUCGAAUGGGAACAGUAGCAAUUGCGGGAGCAGUUCUAAUGGCGAUAUCGUGUGCAGAAGGUCUGCCUUUAGACCGUGGUCUCCCUUGCACGGCCGCGCGAAAAGCACAGAGAGCCCCAGUACUCCUAGCGGGGCACUUUCCGUGCCAAUGAUGUCGCCAGGUUCUCCUGCAAGGCUUUUCGCUCCUCACACCAUUCCGUACCUGGCGAGCGACUGCCCUUACACACCGCCACAUCCGCACAAUUUUCACCGUCACGCUUUCAAGGGAGACAUACGAAAGCCAAUUCCAAAGGUCGAGCCCAGAAUGAGUUCCGCCACGGUUUCGCACACCGUCAGCGAAAUUCUAGCGACCCCGUCCGCUAAAGAUCCUAGAUCGCUAGAGAAAACGGCAAAGGAAAUGCUCGAGGUUGUUGCUCAAAACGAAAGAUGGGGAGGCUACGAAAAAUCGUACAGUCCAAACCGAGACAGGGAACCCGAGGUCAAUGACAACGAAAGUGCUGUUUUGGAAGAGCGUAUUCAAAACAUGCUCGCGAACUUGACUAAGAACGACAGGCUCCCUGCUUCUCCCAGAGAGUUAAGUGGCUUAUUGGCCAAGGAAAUCAAAGAUUUAUUUGCCAAGCACGGGGAGGAUAAAGUGAGAGAACUGACCAAUGUACGAGACAAACUUAGCGCGGAACUGGAGUCGUUGCAAAAAGAGCACGCCAAAAAAAUGGAGGAAGCGCUGCAAGAACUCAAAAGCGUUCAAAAAGAAUUGAGAAUGAUGCAGACGAGUCAACGACUCGAAAUGGACAGUUUGAAUGAGAAAAAUAUUAAACUACAGCUCGAAGUUAAAAAAUACAAAGCCGAGAAAGAUGACAUUCUCUCUAUGAACUCAAAAGAGACCAUUAAUGUACUGCAACAAGAUGUGAGAGACUUGUCGAAAAAAUUAGAGGAAAAAGACAGCUACUGUCGAGAGCUGGAGAAUGAAAUUAAGGGUUUCCACUCUUGGAUUAACAAUCAAAGAUUACAUAACGCCGGUUCCCAAUUUAUCUACACUAUGAACAAUCCAAGACGAGAUUCCGAGUCAGUCAUUAGGAGUCGACAUAUAUUAAAUGGAACUUCGGCGGGUGGUUUUACUCGCAAAACAAGUGUUAACAAAACUAAUGGCUCGCUCCUCAACGGAGAGAGCUCAGAAGAAGAGCAAUGAAUUUUACACGGUUAGAUUUUAAAGUAGUCAUGCAGCGCGUAAAAACUUAGACGACACAACUGAGAAACACUCCGUAAAUUCAUAUUGCAACCAGGAACAGGCUAAUCUAACCAAAACAACCCCAGUUGGACAGAUAAAAACAUUGCCAUUUCCGUAAGAUUAUAAAAUCAACAGUUCUUUAUUCCAAUCAAAAUUUGAUUUUGCUAAAGGUGUCUUUGUCUUGUUGGUCUUCCUUAAAUUGCCCACUGAAAUUUAGGAGACGUAGGAAAAACAUUAAGGAAAAUUAAAAAGCUUAUUUGUCGCCCCAAAUGUUCAUUUGUAGUAAGCUUUUGCCAUGCAGAUAUAAAUCGUAUUUUAAUGAAAGACCGCACGGUGCGGUUGGCAUACAUCGCAUAGAAGCCUCUUAGUGUUCGUAGGCUAAACAUGUAAUUCGCUCUCUUCCUUAACGGCGCCUUACAUAUCCACAUUUCAGCUUACCAUUAUCUAACAGACAGCGGCGUUUGUCGACUUCAUAAACUGAAAAAGAGGAAGCCGUCAUCUAAAGUUCUACCGGAUCCACCUUAUAACCAACAAAAUAAAGAAAAAAAGAAUUUAGAAAAGCUCGCGACCUGUCUGUCUGUCGAAUUGAACCCUCCUCUCCCCUACUCCAUUUCCAUCUAAUAAAAUUCUUCGUCUGCAAAACUCUCAGAGAAUUAACAUUAAUAAAAAUGCACUUUGUUUUAUUGAAAUGCGCUAGACAAAAUAAUAGCAUGAAAGCUUCUGGCUAAUGGCCUCGGAAACAAUUGUUUGAUAUUCGCGUGCCGAGUUUCUUUGUGCUUCGCCAGUGGCUAGACAUAACUAUCUUCACGUUGGGUUAUUCAACAGGAAACCGAUAUUUCAAGUCUCAAAACAACGGGCUGGGUGUAAUUUAAGAAGAAAGGCUAUUUUUGGAGCGUCUGCGUCCGAUAUGAAACGCAAGAACAGCUGGAAAAGUUUCACGGUUUUCGAUUUCUCGGAGCGAUCCGGCGUGAACGUCGCUGAAAUUAUCCUCAAACACAUGUGACCGAAAAGAAAGCUAAACAGCUUUGCGUGCGAAGCAGUAAGGACCAAGUGGCACUGCUUUAGACAAAGCUGUUUAAAUGCAAAAAAAAAUAAUAAUAAUAAUUUACAUCGGAAGCUACGAACUGCUAAACAGCUAAAAAAAAUCGCAAAACGUUCUUUUAAAAAAACAGUGGGAAGUAAACAAGCUUGCAACUUUGCGCGUAAUCCUACAAAAACUAGUGACAAAGUUGUUUUAAUUACGAUCGAGGAACGACUUAGGGUUUUGUAAAUAAUAAUUCUUGAGAAAGUUAAUUUAGGGGUACAUGUUCAUGGCAGUAAUUUAAGAGAUAACAGAGAAAAGCCGUGUUUGAAGCAAUGAGAAGCCCUGCGAGACAAUUUUAUACACCACUGAAAGAUCUACAAAUUCAAUAUCGCUUUGUUUCUAUCAAGGAAUAUCCUACUUAAUAGAAUGUGUAUCUCAUAAUUUUGUUUUAAUUUUGUCUGUUAUGCUAUACAGGAAAAAAACUCUGUAAAUUAGAUCCCUCUUGCGGCGGACGCCUAAAAUUUGGCAGAAACAGAUAUUAGCAAUCUUAAAAAUAUAUGAGACAAGAAAUGUGCAUCAAAUGAGACGAAAACGCUUUGUGGUGAGAGAUAAAGCCAAAUUGACGCCAAAGCCAUUUGUUUCGGAGUGUCCACAUGCUCGGCGACAGUUUGAUUGAUAACUUCAAGCUGUUUUUCUUGAGUUACAAAAACACUGUGAUUGUCUGGCCGACAGUGAAUAAAAAAUGGUGUGGCCUAAUACUGUGCAUUGCCACCAUAACGUCUACCCAACACGAAAUUCACUGCCUUAUCUCGCUCUAUCGCUUCGCCGCGGGAAAAAUUACCAAUACGAAUUCAUUCAGUUUCUGACCAGCGAAAACUGCUUUGUAAUUGUUCUGUCAUGGUUACUAGCCUUCGGUUCAAAUAUUCUCCCAAGUGAUAGAUAUGCAUUUUCCCGGCCCCCAUACUUUCGAUACAAUCAACAACGUGGCGAGUCCAACCAGCGAAUAUUGUGCCCCCCACCCGCCAUGGAAAGUGCACGUGUAAUGAGAAUUUAUAUUUUCAACAUGGCGUUUUCUUGAUAUACAGGUUUUGGACAAAGAUCUUCUGAAAACAAAAGAGAGGAAACAGAACGCAAAGAGCUCAUAUUAGCCAAGCUAUAUAAAGAGUUCGAAUUUAAGCUAAAGAAGAAUUUCGGCAACGAUCAUUGCUUUGAAUGGGCUCCGCCGUACAGGCAUCUUAAUAAGGGUUUAAUUUUCUCAGUUGUUUUUCUGUAGUACGUCAGCCAGAUUGCUAAUAGAAGCAACAGAACUAGCGGAAGACUUUCUAUGUAAAUGAAGUGGACAAGAGUCAAGUAUAAUGGAAGACAAUCCAUAGCAUACACUUAAAACCUAAGCUUAGUUUUCAAGUACAGAAGUACAUUUGAUCACUAGAAGCACAUUGUAAAUAGAUCUUACUUUCAAAAAAUAUUCUGCAUAUGACAGGAUGACUUCAUUAUUUAUUUCAAUAUUGUAACUUCAGUAACACAAAAUAAUUGCGUUAACUGCACUUUUUCUAUUUGUAAUUGAUUUUGUUAUAUAUUUGAGCCUCACGAGCUAAACCUCGCGACGCCGCCAUGUUUCAUAACUCAUUUUUAGCGCGAAAUCUGUCGAAUGAAAUGAGAAUUGAGAGACUACCGCUCACUAACACAGUAAGAAUAAAGAACGGACCUGCUGCAAGCUAGACCAUUUUUCAACAAACGUGGCAUAGAAAAAUAUAGUGUCCCGCGUAACACGCGCGAGUUUACACGCUCAAUACUUCCCGCGAGUGUACUCGAGAAGACGCGCGCCGACUACAGAUAAACUAUCUGAUAUUUCAAAAUUUGUUACAGUAGAAUAUCUAGAACAGACAGUCUUGCCCAGAACUGAAUGUUUUGCGCCGUAAAAUCUGUCUCAACAGCGUGCUUGUCUAGGCGCCCCGAAGGAAAACGAACUCCGUUGUUCUUGGACUUCAUUCAGGUGUUGACAAGUCACAUCGCUGACCCAAGCAUUUUAAUAAUUCCAGGAGAUUGUGCCAACAACUAGGGAUGGAUUUCAUUGUCAUCUUUAUCUAUCUAUAAUAGGAUUUUGGGUAGAUUAAAGGAGAAAAAGAUUGUACUAAACGAUUGCGAGGUAAUCUUUGAAGCUUGUUUUCUAGAUGUGUGUCAUUACGGAACGAGUGUUUGGAAGGCUCUGCGUUUCUGAGAAUGUUCUCGCUGUAAUAUUCAGCUCCAUGCUUCAUGUUAUACCGAAGCGCGCCAAAUUGCGACAAGAAAACUAUUAAGUGUGGUCCUCGCCAUCGCAUCUAAAGCAUUUAGCAAUUUGCAGCGUGAAAGAGCACCGACAGAAACAGAGUAUAUCCGGGUCAACGGCAGGGUUUUAUUUUUAGCAGACAAAUCAAUUAUCCAUUGAAAAGUAGGACGCGCAGUCUGGAAAAAUCCAAAACACGAUCCAACGCAUGCUUGACUCGCUGACCUCGUCAAUACAAAAGAAACAUGUUCUAUAGAUAGAGCAGAUUAGUCGGCGCGCUUUCAUUCGUCGGCGAAUGAACAGAUUUAUGAUGGUCACCACUGGCCAGAGUCCAGCCCUUUGUACCUGUAAUUAAAGUCGAGAUUGUUCCGAGGAUGAACGAACUAAAAUAGUCCUUGAACUUUGUAGUCCACCCUGUUUGUAAUAUCACGUAUUUUGCUUUGUGCCAAAACCCGCGGCACGGCAGCCGUAAAAUGCUCGUCUGGACCACUUUUAGACCGUUAUGUGCUUGAAACGUCUGCAAACCAUUUCACAAAUCCCCCAGACAGGCUCAUUUAACACCAGAAACGUUGCGGUAGCGAGCUGGAGACAAGUGUUUUGACGCGCGAGAACAGAUCGCUUCCAAAAUCCCAGACAUUAACGAGGUUUAAUCUCAUCAGAAACCUCCCUGCAGACACAGUAGUAAUCUACUAAAAGUUGUCUGGAGCGACAAAGGGCACGAGAAACGAGACAGCUUGAUUUCCUCGGAAGGACCACAUAAGAAUACAGACGCCACUACUAAAUUCGACAACAGGGAGUGCGCCAGGGAAUUUUGCGAGGAUUUGCCACGCGGGGUCCCACGCUUAGCUAAAAAGAGAAACAGCACAAAAGAAAUUAAAGCCGCGCUAAUCGUUCCUCCUGAGAUGACACUUUGGGCUGGCCAACACCAACAAUACCAGCCAUUCAUAAUACGAACACGAACCCUCCCUGCCGUCAUGUCCACAGCAUGAAGUGUCCCUACCCAGUGAUCAAGCCUAUUUUCAGAGGGAGGGCAUAAUGGAACCGCGUUUCCAAGGCCAGGGAAACGAGGUCGCCGAGAAUCAAUUUUGUGUCUCAGAGAGACAGAUGUUUCAUUUACCAACACGUAACCAGGGGUGUCCACCCUUAUCAGAGGUACUGAGGGGUAAACAAGCCAAGCAAACAACAUCUUCAUCCCUGUUGGUGCUAGCCACGACUUUCAGACGGAGGGCUCAUAAGAUUCUCUGCCAGACACUCCAGCUGAGUUAGAGCAAGCUGCAGAGGAACACGGUCUGGGUGAUCUCUGGGAGUCACUAACAGAAGUUCCUGAAAACAGAAUGAGACCAGCAAUCAAAAAAGUUCACUUUUCACUGACUGAGGAAUAAAAGGAGUAUGCAAAAUGCGAAGAACUCUAGUGCAUGACUGUGGUACAGGUCUCUCCAGUGGGGUGGGAAAAUGUUCGUGAUAUUCUUCCGUGGCAGCACCUACUAUAUACUACACUACAAGGAUGUACUACUCCUUCUCCGCAGCAGCACCUACACCAUGGAAUUCUCUACCAUUUGAAAUAAGAAAUCGUUUGUCUGUGUCCAUCUUUAAAAAUAGACUCAAAACGUUUCGUUUUAAAAAAGCGUUUUUGCAAUUUAUUUUAGACUAAUGUUUUUAAUUUUUAGAUAAUUUUUUAGACUUUCUCUGACAUUGUAAAGCGCCUUUGAACAUUUACUAUAGGAUACUGGCACUAUAGAGAUCUGAUGACGAUGAUGAUGAUGAUGAUGAUGAUGACGAUCAUGAUGACGAUG